AUGUCUAAGUCCACACAUUCGAAGCUCACGAAGCAACAGAGCACGAAUAGCGACAGAAAUGUGGUCAGCGAUACAGAACUAGAUUUACUUCUUGAAGAAGYGGAGAUGAUACAAAAAAAGAAAGAAUCGAAAAAAUCRCUSACUCGGAAAUCAGCAGGAGACAAUUUGUUUACAAAGGAAGACGAAAAAGCUCUAAAAGAAAUAUUUAACAAUGUGGAAAGAAGAAAAAAAGAAUWUGAAGACCUUCGAUUAGCUUCCUCCCAAAGUCGUGAUAUCGCAGAUGACGUUUUGGAUUCUACCUCGUCAGAAUCGAGCAAAAAUAGUAGCGAUAAUGAAUCUGAAGACAAUUCUUCUUCUUCAAAAGUGUCCGACGAUAAUUCUUCAGAUCAAGAAUCAGCAGACGAUGAAGUGGAUUUGACGACGGAUGACGAGGAUAACAGCAAAGUAAACGAAAAKAAACGACAGCAAAGCAAGAAAAAAGUUAAUAAAUCCGUGAAUUCAAUCGAUGCUGAAGAGGGCCAUUUAACAAAUGAUACCGGCAAAAAAGCAUCUAGUGGAUUUAAUGACAAACGUGUGAAGAAAGUGCAAAAAACGAACACUAAGUCUGGCUCGAAUCGCAAACCUCAAGCAGACGAGGAUUUAGACUCGAUGGUUGCAGAAUUGUUAGAGUUUUAG